GUACGGGGGCCGCCGCAGGCCAAAUGAACGCGCUGGUGUGUCUUUGUUAUGUGUUUUAUGAAUCUUUUAACCGUGAUAAAUGUGAUAAACGUGAGAGUUUACACGCACGUUUAGGCUGUAGUGGUUUACGUCUGAUGUAUUCACGGCUGUACGACGGUCUGGAAGACUUUAAAUGGUUUUAAAAGGCACUUUUGUGGCGUUAAGGAGCGUUAGCAUCUGCGGCUAAAACAUGGAGGAGGCGGACUCACAACUGUCUCAGAUCGACAGGGCCAGGCUGUUCUGGUCUACUCAGGAUGUGGACUCGGUCUUCUCUGAGAUCCUGGUCCAUCUGAACCUGCUCCAGACCCGCCUGAAGACCGAGCCAGCCUCAGACAAAGAUCUGGUGCAGAGUCUGAAGCUGUUGGAGGCGUUUGAUUGGCUGUCUGUGACCCCGCCCUCUGUUGUGCAGGUGGUGAUUGGCUCAGACACUGCCCCUUCCACAGCUCCUCUGUCUCCGGGUCAUCCAGCACCCCCUGUGUACCAGGAACACUGCUGCGGCAAGUCCUGUGUGCCUACAUUACCCAGCAUACCUCAGUCUGUGCUGUGGGCACUGAAUCCUCUGCAGAUCCCUCUGGUGUAUGGCUUUUACCGCUCCAGCCAAUCAGAGCGCGGCAGGGAGCAGACAGACCCAUCAGAAAGCGGCGUGUUGUAUCUGGCACCAUGCGGGCGCCGCCUCUCUGACCCUGAUGCUGUGAUGGACUUUCUGCUCCAGACCCAAAGCUUCCACCACCUGCAGUUGGACCUGUUCUCCUUCAACCCAUGCGUCUCUGUGGAGCUCUUCAGUCCCAGUCUGCUCUCUCGUCCAGUCUCUGGUCCAGACCUGAGUCGGGGUCAGGAACUGGUGCCUGUGGAGCUGUGUGUGUCAGACGGAGAGCGCCCUCCGGUGUUUAGGUACAGGCGUGAGCGCUGGCCGCGUGGAUGCUUCCUGUCCCGUCCCCACCACCUGUACUCCGCCUUCUGUGACUGCAGGGGGCACUGUGGAGACUGUGCCUGCGCAGGACUGAAUGCGGGCGGAGGGUAUGAGCAUCAACGCCUCAGAGCACCAAAACACCCCGGUAUCUUUGAGUGUGGUCCCUGGUGUGGCUGUGAUCCUGGUCUCUGUCAGAACCGAGUGGUUCAGAGGGGUCUGAGGGUCCGUCUGCAGGUCUACAGAACCAGAGCCUGUCCAGACCAGGGUCCAGACCAGAAACAAGAAGUGGACCAGAGACCGGACCAGAAACCAGAGCAGGGCUGGGGUGUACGCUGUAAAGACGACCUUGACAAGGGAACAUUCAUCUGUAUCUACGCAGGCGUGGUGCUACAGAAGAGUGACGGACAGCUUGAAGCUCCACCCCUGAAGCAGAGGAGGGCAGAGCUUGCCUCUGAUGACGAGGUGCAGCUCGUCACUGAGUGGCUCCCGUCGCCCCUUACCCCACCCCCCUCCACUGACUCCGCCCACGUACCUGUGAUUCAAAGGGGAAGUGAUGUCACAGGACAGGAGCAGACAGCGCCCCCAUUUGGGCUCACAGGAGCAGAGCAGACCACAGUGAACGACUUAUACCUGAUCGACGCCAGUAAAGAGGGAAACGUGAGCCGCUUCUUCAAUCACUCAUGUGACCCGACGCUUUUUGUUCAAAAUGUUUUCACUGAUUCACAUGACAAAAAGUUCCCCAACAUCUCCUUCUUUACCAAAAGGGCGUUGAAGGCAGGUACAGAGCUCACCUGGGACUAUAACUCUGCCCUCUCACAGGAAGUGAACAGCGCAGCACGGGAAAUGGAGACGGGGGUGCAGGAAGUGCCAUGUUUGUGCCGCAGUGGUGCGUGUCGUGAGCGCUUCUAUGUCACUGAGAUGAAGAACCCAACGAAACUUACACACCCACACUGUCCAUUUGUGCUCAAGUGACUCCAUGACUUCAGUUUGUAAUAAAAGACAAGUCCAAAGAA